AUGAGCUCUGAUGCAGAGAUGGCCAUUUUUGGAGAAGCAGCUCCCUACCUGUGGAAAUCAGAGAGGGAGAGAAUCGAGGCUCAGAAUCGCCCAUUUGAUUCUAAGAAAGCUUGCUUUGCAGUGGAUGAUAAGGAAUUUUAUGUGAAAGGUAUGAUCCAGAGCAAGGAAAAUGACAAAGUCACAGUCGAGACCCUCGACAACCGGACACUCACUCCGAACAGUGACCAAGUCUUCCCCAUGAACCCUCCCAAAUUUGACAAGAUCGAGGACAUGGCCAUGAUGACCCACCUACACGAGCCAGGAGUGCUGUACAACCUCAAAGAGCAUUACGCAGCCUGGAUGAUCUACACCUACUCAGGCCUCUUCUGUGUCACCGUCAACCCCUACCAGUGGCUGCCGGUGUACAACCCUGAGGUGGUGACGGCCUACAGAGGCAAAAAGCACCAGGAGGCCCCGCCCCACAUCUUCUCCAUCUCUGACAACGCCUAUCAGUUCAUGUUGACUGAUAGAGACAACCAGUCCAUCCUCAUCGCCGGGGAAUCCGGGGCUGGGAAGACAGUGAACACCAAGCGUGUGGUCCAGUACUUUGCAGCAAUUGCGGUCACUGGGGAGAAGAGGAAGGCGCAGCGGCCGAGCAAGAUGCAGGGAACCCUGGAAGACCAGAUCAUCCAGGCCAACCCCCUCCUGGAGGCCUUUGGAAAUGCCAAGACCGUGAGGAAUGACAACUCUUUGAGAUUCGGGACGUUCCUUCGCAUUCACUUUGCAGCCACAGGAAAGCUGGUGUCAGCGGAUAGUGAAACCUAUCUCUUAGAAAAAUCCAGGGUGACAUUUCAGUUAUCCCGUGAGAGAGGCUAUCAUAUUUUUUACCAAAUCACGUCAAACAAGAAGCCGGAACUUAUGGACCUGCUUCUCAUUUCAACCAACCCCUUUGACUUCCCCUUUGUGAGCCAAGGAGAGGUCACCGUGGCCAGUAUUGAUGACAGUGAGGAACUGUUGGCCACUGAUACAGGUAUAAUGAAGGAAGGAAUCCCUCUGGCCCUCCAGGAGUUGCCUGGGAACCUAGUGGCCAAGGGCCGGCCCGGGCUGGAGACGUGCAGGAAGCAGAGCUGGGCCAGCUGGCCAGAGUGGGGAGCCCCCGUCCCCUUACCUGCGGCCCGCGGCCCUCCGCUCCGCGCUCGGAUGCCGCUGGGGUGCCAGGGACCCACGGGAGUGGUCGUUCCCAGCCGCUGCGCGCUGGCUCCCUGGAUCCGCGCCAGCUCGCCGGGGCCGACGGCCAGGAGCCCCGAGGACGCCCCGUGCCAGGUGCGCUCCGGCCGGGACGCCCACUUCCGGGAGAGGCGCGCGGACCGCCUGCGCGCUCAGGGGAGCCGCAGCCAAUGCCGAGCGAGACCCGCCCCGCCGGCGCCGCGUCCGCGCAGCACAGCAGGGUCUCGGCACUCCGGGCACGGGCGCCUGGGGCCGGGCGUCCCCUCUCCUGCCAGCGCGAGGCAGGAAGCGGCGCCCCUCCGAGGCCGCUAG